CCAAAAUAAAAUCUUGUGCAUAAAAUGAAUACCCAAAAAGUGUUAAGUGAUGUAGUAUUUGAGAAGGAUGAGAAAUUAGAUAUAGAGAAGGACAACUCCUUUACUUAUGAUGAACCUCAUUAUAUGGCAGAUAAUGAAUAAGUAAGACAUUUUGUUUAUUAUUGUAUGAGUAGGAAGAAUUGUAGGAGGAGGUUCAAUUCCCUGUUUUUUCUCCUUAGUAGUUAUCACAUUUCAAAAGACCAUAGGCAAUCAAUUUUGAGGAAUUCAAUCUCGAUGAAGAUCCCAAAAAAAAAGUUUGUCUCUAAUUGGAAUGCACCACCGCAGAACAAUCAGAAGUACAACCAAUGGGAGAUUUGGAGAGAUUGGCUGAUAUGCUCUAACGUGAAAAUUAAAAGAAAUAUUCAUACCCAAAGAAUUUGCCUGCUCCUUCUAACGUCGAUAAUCAUUUGGAUGAAUUGAAUAUGCGCUUCACACCAUCCCUAAAAUAGGAUGAAUUUGUUUCAAACUAUGUGAAGGGAGACGAUCUAUUGAGAAUCAAGGUGGGAUUGUGUGACGAUAUCCUAAAUGAUGAAGAAACUUUGAAGUUUGAAGAUUGGGUUGAACAAUUGUGUACUUCAACAAAUCAUGAAUCACUUAAGGAAAUGGCGAGAAAAUAAAAAGUCAAGCGAUAUCUAGAAAAGAAACACAAUCGCACUUACGAGAAGAAAGUUCACUAUCACAUCAGACAAAAGGUUGCUGAAGAGAGAUUACGAGUCAAGGGUAGAUUUGUAACAUGGGGAUAAGUAUUACUAUUUUAUUGAUAUCCAUCUAGGCACUUAAGAUGUUGAAUGAAAAGGACACCAAGAAAUCGUGGAGUUACAAUGACUAUACUAAAAUCAAGAGCUUGCUAAAUGAGAAGUUUGGAGCUGUGAAAAGUGAGAAGUCAUUGAGAUUCUGAUUGUUUACAACACUUGUGUAUGUUAAUAUAUU